UGGUGCUGGCAUUGAGGGGUUUGCCCUGGAUGAGUUCAGGUCUUAAACCAACACAGCUGCAGGGCUGGGAGAACUCAGGGAGGCUCCAGCAGUCCUGAAGGGCUGGGCUUGAAAUCUCUGGAGGUGUUGCUCAAGAACAAAUCUGUUUACACAAACAGCUUUGAGAAGAGAAUUGUCAGUCAAGGCACUUCUAUUCUCAGCUCAGGAGCAACUGGAAGAGUAAAUAUCCCUGUGGUGGGUUGGGGCUGAGCUGGAUUGCAGCUGGUGCAGAGCCAAAGGCGUUUUUGUCAAACCUCCCUCCCCACUCUUGCCCUGGUGUCUCCUUUCAGUGUUGUCCAGACUCUCAGGAUGGUUUCGAGGAAGGUGGUGGCCACUUUGCUGCUGGUGUCCCUGCUGUCCGUGCUGGCUGAGCAGACCCAAGGCUUCAUGCCCUUUUUCACCCAGAGUGACUUCCAGAAAAUGCAGGAAAAGGAGAGGAACAAGGCAGGGCAGAAGAAAUCCCUGAGCUCGCUGCAGCAGCUGGAGGAGGAAGGUUUCUCUGAGCAAUCUGGGGUGCAUGUCAACACAGCCAAGGCCCUUCAGCAGGCCCUUCCUGUCAGAGCUUGGCUCACCCCAAGGCAGCUGGAAAAAUACCAAGAUGUCCUGGAGAAACUGCUGGCAGAGCUGUUACAGGACACCCCAGACGGAUCAGAAGAGAAAGCGCUGGAGCUGCUUGAGCUGAAAGACUCCACUUAUGUAAACGAAAUCUGUGAGAGAGAUUAA